UAACCCUCGGCUCUGCCCCUCCCCUUCAUAUAUGUCUAUUUCCCCUUAAUUUUAAUUUUAGUUUCUGCAGGAAGGUUUGAUUUAAUUCAUCUGGUAGUUUUUCCUGGUUCCAUAAAUGGAGGGCUCUUCAGCUCUGCCGUCCGAUUCCAACAAUCAAAAUCCGACGGGCGGAGCCGCCGAAUUUCUCUCCAACCUUCCUUCUCGCGGCCUCUUCUCCUCCACUGUCCUCUCUUCCAAUCCGGGUGGCAUGCGAGUCUACAUAUGCGAUCAUGAUACAGCACCACCAGCGGAGCAACUCAUAAAGACAAACCAAACAAACAUAUUAAUUAGGUCAUUAAUGCUGAAGAAACAAAAGGGUGAUUCCGGUUCAAAAGAUGGAAAGGCUAAUGCAUCAAAUGAAUCUUCUAGAAAAAGGACUGCUGAUAGAGCGUUAGACAGCAGGGCUAAAAGGGCAAUGACCAUCAGUCAGGUUGCUUCUCGGCAAGAGGGAUCAAAAUCACGCUUGCCUGAGAGGGAUCUGCAGAGUUUAACGGUUGAGAGAAUUCGUGCUCUUCUGAAGGAGAGAGGUCUCUCCCUGAAAGGAAGAAAGGAUGAGUUGAUUUCCCGCUUGAAAGGCGCAAAUGAGUAAUGCAUGAUUUUUCAAAGCUGGGAAGGUGACCGCACCUACAUGUACCAACUUUUGCUGGCAGAAUCUAGGUUUUGUUGUAACUUUCUUAUACUCUGGACUAAUUUUGAAAGAGAUGUCGUGAUGCAACUUGCAAUUGCCCGCUUUGACUGCCUCCGUGUGUUGUAUUAUCAUGGAACUCUCAUAAUUGUGGAGUGGGAUGCUUGGUAGUAGAUAUCUCAACUUUGACCAAUGUAACAUGGUGGGUUUAUCAUCCUUGCCGCAGUUGAUGGUGACAUCCCUUUUAGGUUCACCCUCUUCCUUUUUGUU